CACUUCCGGUUAUUUUUUUCCACUCACGCUCUUUCAUGAACGGUGGAUCUCCGAUACGAUAGGCAGUUUGAAGAGUAAGACGGAGAAUAACCCGAGCAACAAUGUUUAAACUGGAAGGACUCGGACCUAAAAUGGACCCAGAGGAGAUGAAGAAAAAGAUGAGACAAGAUGUCAUUUCGUCUCUACGAAACUUCCUUAUUUACGUCGCCCUUCUCAGAGCCACUCCAUAUGUGUUAAAGAAGCUGGACAGUAUAUGAGCAGCGCAGGUGUUGCUUGCCUACCAUCAUCUGAGAGUUUCCCCACAGAAGACAGGAUGGACCAAGAGCAGCAGACAGCAGGGGCUGUUACAGCAGAUCAUUUGACGCUGCCCUGCACCUGAGGAAGCAUCUUGUUCUCAUUUUUAGUCUUCUUGUUGUCAUGUGUUUGCUUCUCCAGUUCAACAUGAUGUGAAAUGUAAAGUUUGAUUGUAUGUUCACACAAUGAUGGGGGGUUUUUGUUAUAGGUGUGCCACUUUACAGCAAAUCUUUGUCCGGCAUUUGUUUGAUGGAAAUUGUCAAAGAACUGGAAAGUUUCAGUGCUGCAUCAAAAAAUUUGCUCUGUCACUGCACAGUUUUGAAGAUUUUCAUAAACAGGUUAUUGCUUCUUAAUGCCACCAUGACAUCACUGAAAAUAAAAAGUAAACAAAG